UAGGUACAUACAUUAAAUUAAUAGAAAAUAAAUUGCUCAUUAGAUAAAAUAACAAAAGUAAAUACUUGCAAUAUAUGAGCAUAGGGAGUAAUACGUGUCUAUCCCAAUAGAUUUUUCUUGUCUAGUAAAUCAGUAUUUAAAAUCUAAACAACAAAAUGUUUAAAGGAUUGAUAAUAUUUGGUGCAGGAGUUUACACCGGUGUCUAUGUAGCACAAAAUUAUCAGAUAGAAAAAGUAGAAGAUCCUAAAGCACUGUUUGAAAAGGCACAAGCUUUCGUGAAAUCAAAACUUUCUGAAGUACAAGAUGGAAAAAAAGAUUAAAAUUAGGAAAAUGGGAACAGGAAUUAUGAAAUAAAAUUGUUAUUAAUUGUUUGUACAUAUUUAUUAUUAGUUUUACAAUAAU